GGUCGUCGUCGCGCCUACUGCAGCGCGUGUCGUCGUCCAUGUCGGCGUCGAGCUCGCUCAUCCUCGGCAACAACGCCAACAACAACUCGAUCAACAUGAGUAUGAGCGGUCGCGCUCUAGGCGACGAGCGCAACUCGCUGAGUUUUCUGCGGUCGAUGAGCACGAUGCUCGGGCUCGGAAUGGCAGAGACGAGCUACUGCCAGAUCUGCCUCGAGUACGUCGACGUGGCCUCGACGGUCGCGCUCUCGGUGUGCGGGCAUCGCUUCUGCGCCGACUGCAUCCAUGGGUACCUCGCCAGCAAGAUCUCGGACGGGCUUGUCGCGCCCAAGUGCUUCUUCGCCGACGGCGACGGCCGGCCGUGCGAGGCGCUCAUUCCGCCGAGCGACAUCCAGGCGCUCGUGUCCACCGACGUGUUUGAGAAAUACGAGAAAUUCAACUUCAUCAAGGCCCACGCGGGUGCGCGUGAGUGCCCGCACUGCCAUGUGCUGCAGGUCGGCAACGGACCGGACGACCCGCACAUGGACUGCACGCAGUGUGGCGAGGCGUUUUGCUAUACGCACUCGAACGCGCACCCGCACUCGACGUGCCUCGAGUACGAGGCCAAGAUGCGCGCCGAAGACAAGGUGAACCAAGCCAAGAUCAGCCAGAUCUCUAAGCCGUGCCCGGGCUGCAAGAGCCCCGUCGAAAAAAACGGCGGCUGCAACCAGAUGAAGUGCGUCACAUGCGGCGUUCACUUUUGCUGGCUUUGCGGCGAAAAGGUCGACGACGGCGUCUUCCCCGAGCACUUUCAGUGGUGGAAUUUACGUGGCUGCGCCGGCGCCCAAAUGUCCGAGACCGCGGUCGAAGGCCCGAGCACGCUCUCCAAAAUGGUCGCAUUCUCGUGGCGCAUCCUUCUCUGCCUCGUCUUUGGUCCACCAGCGCUCGCGCUCACGCUGGCCUUUAGCAUUCUCGGCUGCUGCUGCAUUCCGUGCUGUCUCCGCGGCCAGGCGUUUGCGCGGUCGGCGUUCGCGAGCUGCUUCUGCGUCUCGGGGUAUGCGCUCAUGUCACCCUUCGUUCUCGCCGCGUGUUUACCGCUCCUCCCCGUCGGGCUCUGUAUCUGGUGCUUUUGCCCGUCCGCGUGUCAUGACAAUAAUGACAGUGCGACGGCGGGACAUGCGAUCUCGUCCGGCGAAGACCAGACGCUCGUGGCCAUGCCGGACGAAGACAGCAUCGAGUCGGACGGCGUCGCGCGGUACGGGUCCCAUGGCUCCCCCGACGAGCAGCCACGGGCCAUCUUGCAUGGCCCCGCCGCAGCGGUUUAG